CGUUGACGUCACGCACGCAGCGCGGUGCGGGAGCGCGCACGCACGUGGCGGAGCGGGGCCCGGCGGCGGCGGCGGCAGCAGUAGCAGGUUUCAGAGCCCACUGUCUCUGGCUUCCUGCCACGCUCUCUGCGCUGACAUCUUUCCGAUCUGCUGACUUCAGUUGCUCUCCUCGACUGCUGCUGGUGGCAUGUGAGUGCCACAUCUGCCAAGAAGUCAACUUGCUGUUUGAAAGCUUUCCAGGGACACAAACGUCAUUCGUGUCUGUAAUGACCCUUCAGCAUGAGUGGAUGCCAGGCACCUCCAGAAUUAAACUUGUUCCAGGCGUCACGCAAGGACCCGUGCUGGUGCGCAUGUCCUCGUGGGGAGAACAGUAAUAGCUCCACAUACGAGUCCUGAAAGGAUGUGAACUUUGGAAUGGGGUCUCUGAGCACGCUGCAGACUUGGUGCAUGUGUGAGACUGUUGCUGAGUAACAGGAGGACUGGUUCAUUGCCGCGAGCCGCCCUUCUGUCUGGCUGCAGGGCACCAGCCUUGCCUGGGCCCUUCACCAUGUUCCUCCUGCUCCCCUUUGACAGCCUAGUGGUUAAUCUUUUGGGGAUUUCCAUAACUGUCCUCUUCACUCUGCUUCUGGUUUUCAUCAUUGUGCCAGCAAUUUUUGGAGUCUCCUUUGGCAUCCGCAAGGUUUACAUGAAAACUUUAUUAAAGAUAUUUCAGUGGGCAACACUGAGAAUAGAGCGUGGUGCCAAGGAGAAGAACCAUCCGUUGUACAAGCCCUAUGUCAAUGGUAUCAUUGCAAAGGAGCCGACAUCACUGGAGGAGGAGAUCAAGGAGAUCCGCCGGAGUGGCAGUGGCAAAGCCCUGGACACCCCUGAGUUUGAGCUCUCAGAUAUCUUCUAUUUCUGCCGCAAAGGCAUCGAGACUAUCAUGGAUGAUGAAGUGACCAAGAGGUUCUCAGCUGAAGAGCUGGAGUCCUGGAACCUGCUCAGCAGGACCAACUACAACUUUCAGUAUAUCAGCCUGCGCCUCACUGUGCUCUGGGGACUUGGUGUGCUCAUCCGAUACUGCUUCCUUCUGCCCCUCAGGAUAGCCCUGGCGUUUACUGGCAUCAGCUUGUUGGUGACUGGUACCACAGUGGUGGGAUAUUUGCCAAAUGGAAGGUGUAAGGACUUCCUGAGCAAACACGUCCACCUGAUGUGUUACCGGAUCUGCGUGCGUGCCCUCACAGCCAUCAUCACCUACCACGACCGAGAAAACAGACCCCGGAAUGGAGGCAUCUGUGUGGCCAAUCACACCUCCCCCAUUGAUGUGAUCAUCCUGGCCAGUGAUGGCUACUAUGCCAUGGUGGGUCAGAUCCAUGGAGGGCUCAUGGGUGUGAUACAGAGAGCCAUGGUGAAAGCCUGUCCCCAUGUCUGGUUCGAACGUUCUGAGGUCAAAGAUCGUCACCUCGUCGCCAGAAGGCUCACAGAACAUGUCCAGGACAAAAGCAAACUGCCUAUUCUUAUUUUUCCAGAAGGAACAUGCAUCAACAACACAUCUGUGAUGAUGUUCAAAAAGGGGAGCUUUGAAAUUGGAGCCACAGUUUACCCUGUAGCCAUCAAGUAUGACCCACAGUUUGGAGAUGCCUUUUGGAACAGCAGCAAAUAUGGCAUGGUGACCUACCUCCUCAGGAUGAUGACCAGCUGGGCCAUCGUCUGCAGUGUCUGGUACUUGCCCCCAAUGACCAGGCAGCCUGAAGAGGACGCAGUGCAGUUUGCCAAUCGAGUGAAGUCAGCCAUUGCCAGGCAGGGGGGGCUUGUGGAUCUGCUCUGGGAUGGAGGGCUGAAGAGGGAGAAGGUGAAAGAUGCGUUCAAAGAGGAGCAGCAGAAACUCUACAGCAAAAUGAUUGUAGGCAGCCAUGAAGACCGGAGCCGCUCCUGAGUCUGCUGCCUCCAGCACUGCCACUGGGGCUGGCCAAAGCUCCCUGCCUCCAGCACCAACCAGGGCUUGUCUGCAGCAACUCUGAAUCUUUGGACUUGGGCUACUCCAGAGCUGCUUGGACUCGCCCUUUCACCCCCUGGCUGUUGUUUCCCGGAGGCACUAUUGCUGCCUGGAGUCUUUAGGCCUUUGGCAGCUGAUGGCAAAGAUGCCUUCUUGUUACUGUUACAGUGAAGCCCCUUGCAGGGGCAGUAUUAAAUGAAACUCUUAUAGUGU